CUUUUUAUUUUGCCACGACAAGGGUUUUUGCGCGGCACUGUUCAUCCCUCGGGUCGGAGCGCAUCGAUCGCGCAGCGUAAUCGUCAUCAUCGAUCGUGGAAUCUCUCAAAUCCGUUUCGAGGAUCGCAUUGUCGAGAAUGGCCUCGGCGGCUUACAAGUAUAUCAUUGUCGGUGGAGGUGUGUCCGCGGGGUAUGCCGCUAGAGAAUUUGUGAAUCAGGGCAUCAAAUCGGGAGAGCUCGCAAUUAUCUCCAAGGAAGCGGUUGCUCCAUACGAACGCCCUGCGCUGAGCAAGGCGUACCUCUUUCCCGAGAACGCUGCACGGCUUCCAGGUUUCCAUGUUUGUGUGGGCAGUGGUGGCGAGCGGCUAGCUCCAGAAUGGUAUGCUGAGAAAGGGAUUGAGCUCAUUUUGGACACGGAAGUUGUGAAAGCUGACAUUGCAACGAAGACUUUGACAACCUCCGCUGGAAACUCUUUUAAAUAUGAUGUGCUUGUUGCUGCUACGGGAUCAACGUUCAUUAAGCUGUCAGACUUUGGUGUUGCUGGAGCCGAUUCUAAAGGAAUUUACUACUUGCGUGAGAUCAGAGAGGCUGAUUCCCUGAUUGAAGCCAUCAAAUCCAAGAAAGACGGUCAUGCGGUCGUUGUUGGUGGUGGCUACAUUGGUUUGGAAUUGGCUGCGGUUCUGACCAUGAACAAGCUACAAGUUACUAUGGUUUAUCCUGAACCAUGGUGCAUGCCCCGGCUUUUCACUUCCGACAUUGCGAGCUUUUACGAGGGUUACUACCUAAGCAAAGGUGUGAAGAUAGUUAAAGGAACGGUUGCUUCUGGUUUCGAGCUCGACGCGGAGGGUCACGUUACAGCCGUGAAAUUGAAGGAUGGAAGGGAGUUGGCGGCGGACAUUGUGAUUGUCGGUGUCGGUGCUAGACCCCUCACUACGCUAUUCAAGGGACAGCUUGAGGAAGAGAAAGGAGGCAUCAAGGUGGACGGGUUUUUCAAAACGAAUAACGAGGAUGUCUACGCAGUUGGAGAUAUCGCAACGUUUCCGAUGAAAAUCUAUGGAGAGCAGAGGAGAGUUGAGCACGUCGAUCACUCCAGAAAAUCAGCUAUUCAAGCUGUGCAGGCAAUCAAGGCCAAGGAAGAAGGUCGUUCCAUCCCGGAGUAUGACUACCUCCCCUUCUUUUACUCCCGUGCUUUCGAUCUGUCGUGGCAAUUCUAUGGUGACAACGUCGGUGAAACGGUCAGUUUUGGAAGAGACGAAGCUGCUGCUACCAAGAAGUUUGGAGGCUACUGGGUGAAGGAUGGCAAAGUCGUGGGUGUUUUCCUGGAGGGAGGAUCUGCUGAAGAGAACAAGGCCAUCGCCAAAGUUGCAAGACUACAGCCGAGCAUAGACAGCAUUGAGGCUCUCGCUUCUGAAGGUCUUGCUUUCAUUUCGAAGGUUUGAUUCACAUUUGCAAUUGUGGCUAUAACAAACAAUUAAUAUUCUUUCUCUUUGAGCU